AUGAUGUCCGGCCAAGGAGAGGUCACCAACGACCCCAACGACAACUCCAACUUCACCUACGUGGCAAACCAGGCCAACUGCACCUCCGGCGACAAGGAUGAACAGUUUGAGUGCAUGCAGCAGGCAGAUCCGUUGGACAUCGCCGAUGUCUUGCAAACGUACGACCCGAAGGCAGCAAAAUCUCUGGCCUUUUUACCCAAGUGGGACAACCAAACAACAUUCUCAAAUUACACAGAUAUCCAAGUCCGCGGGCGAUUUUCCAAAUUGGUACGCAUUCACCCUACAUUGCCUCCCUCCUACAGAGCGAGCCCUGACGUCCAGCAGCCUCAAAUAAUAGGUACUUGUGAUAACGAAUACGCGGGCCUGGUCCCAAGGACAAUGGUGCCGCCGAAUCAAACUGUGAUCGAUAACCUGUCUGAUACCAUUUUCGUGUGCCGUGCUGCCAAAGCCGCCAAGGCUAGGCAAGUCAUCGGGUCUCCCAUCUGGAGGUAUCGCUAUUUUGGAGAGUGGCCCAACCAGAAUCCUCUGCAAUGGAUGCAUGCUUAUCACGGAAGCGACGUGGCCAUGGUAUUUGGCACCACCAGCACAUUUGCGCCAGACACGACGAUUCAGGCCGAGAUCAGUGUCUACAUGCAGUCUGUCUUCGUCGAAUUCACAAAGGACCCCGAGCAUGCCCUGACCGACAAUUUUGGAUGGCCCCGCUACAUUGAAGACCAGGAUACACUAGUUCGGCUUGCGUACAACAACGAAACAAGACCCAGCUUCGUCAGAGGGAGCUACUAUGAUGACAAUUGCGACUCUACACAGGCGCUGAGAGACGGCCACUACGUUGGAUGA